CCAACGCGUUCGCAGCACAUGUCCGCGAACAGAGCGCGCCAGCAGCAAGCACGGACUAGUCCACAUCCACAUCCACAGCCACAGUCACAGCUCAGCCCCAGCCAGCGCUGCACCAGCAACAACACAAUGGCCCGUGCUCCUCCACUCGUGCGCAGCCUCUGUCUGCUGCUACUCCUGGGAACACUUUGUGAUGCCGUCUCCGUGACGACAGGCACCUCGGGCCACAGUCACAGCCACAGCCACAGCCACCGCCGCCGCUCGGGCGGCGCGCAAUCCCUGGCGGAGGACACUGUGCCGGAUCAGCUGGCCCUGGCAGGACGCACGCACAGCAGACGUGGCGCCAGCCAUGCAGCGCUCCAGAGCAGAGCCAAAGAGGCGCAGAACAAAGAUUAUGCCUACGGACAGGUGGAACUGAAUCUGGUGCGACCCGAGCCAGAGGCGUUGUAUCCGAGCAGUCUGAGCACGACCACGGCGGCAGUCGCAAGUGGAGUUCGUGAGCAUCCGGAUACGAUCACGCUGGAGGAUUCGCAGAGUGCCGCCGAGUAUGUGGCGAAUGCCAUUAAGCUGGCCUACCAGCAGCCCCAGCUGACCAUCCAAACGCACUCGCAGGCAGCCCCCAAGGAGCCGCAGGCGACCUCCGAGCAGCCGCAGCGGGAUGAGGAACGGAACGGGAGCGGCAGGCAGGCACAGCCCGCACCAGCGCCCGUGUACGAGAAGGAGCCCGUGACGCGCAGCUAUGAGCUCUACGAACAGGCAGAACCCUCAACACAGUCACAGUUGCAGUCACAGUCACAGUUUCAGUCGGAGUUGCAGUCACAGUUGCAGUCACAGUCGCAGUUACAGUUGCAGCCGCAAGCGGGGGAGAUCGAGCGGCAGUAUCGGACCAAGUACUACAACUAUGUGCCGUAUCCGGCGCCGCAGCUGUACCGCAACCUGGAGGCUGAGGCCGAGGAGAAGGUGCGAGUGUCCGCCUCCACGGAGAUACCCAAGUCGGAGAUCAUGAAGCAGAUCGAGAAGUCGGUCAUCAAGUACAUGAAGGAGCUGGAGGCGGAGGGCAAGAUACUGAGCACGCCCCAGGAGCAGCAGCAGCAGCCGCAGUCGAUGCCACCGCCGCUGAUCAAAACCUACUACAAGCCGGCAUCCGCCUCCAUUUCAGUAUCCUCGGCGGCACCAUCCUCCUCAUCCUCCAGUUCAGGCAGCUCUGCCUCGUCCGAGGAGAAGCGCUACAGCAGCAGCACAGUGAGACCGAAGUACACAGCGGCGCCGGGACAGGGUCGCCAGCAGGGACAGCCGUCGUCGACGUCGUCGUCCUCCUCCUAUCACCAUCAUCAUCAUCAUCCCAGUGGUGGCAGUCUGGCAGCGCACCAUCAUCAGGGCAAGGCUCAUCCGCAUCUUCACUCCCAGUCGUACGCCCAGUCCCAGUCCCAGUCCCCGUCCCACUCGCAAUCGAAGCCCCAGGUGCAGCACUACCAGUCCGAGACGGAGACCGCCUACCAGGCGCCCGAUCUGCCCGUGGACGAGCUCAGUCCCAAUGUCGAGUUCAUCUACAAGAUCAAGACGCGUGCCCCGCUGCAGACGGCCACCGUGAAGACGGUCUCCAAGCCGUACACGCUGCCCCUGAAGAGCACAGAGCACUUUGACCAUGGCGCCGCCCUCAAGAACAUCGAGGAGUUCGAUCUGUCGCAUGUUGUGGCUGGAGCAGAGCGGGAACGGGAGCGUGAUCCAGAGCAGCACCAGCACACGCGGUCAGCCGGUGGGAAGCCCCACAAGCUGUACUUCAACUCGGAGAUCUAUCACGACAUCAACUCGCUGCCGUUCAAGGGCGACAAGGGGCGACACGAUCCGGAGGCGGAGCGGGCCAUCCAGGAGUACCGCCACAAGCUGAAGGCAGCCGCCGCCGGGGACCGGGACCUCCAUCCGGACUACAAGGGCUACACGGGCUACUUUGCCGAGCCGGAUCCGGAGGAGGAGCGAGAGCGGGAGCAGGCGAAGCUGCAGCUGCAGCUGCAACUGCAGUCGCAGUCGCAGUCCCAGGAGGAUGGCUAUCCCAUAGUCAAUCCGUAUCCCUAUCUGCUGAAGAAGGAGCCGCUGGGCUCCAAGUACGAGGAGGAGCACGAGCCCUGGUCGGAGCAGCCGCUCCGCCUGGUCCACACACACAGCCACCCACUCGGUCACAGCCACGCCCACGCUCAUGGCCAUGCCCAUGGCAAGGGCCAGCACAAAGGUCAGCAGGGCCAGGGCCAGGGCCAAGGUCAGGGACAGGGUCAGGGUGGUGGAAUCAACAGCAGCCUGGAGUACGACAGCUACAGCCCCAAGUUCAACAAUAACCCCGAGGGCUACGGCUACCAGCACACGUACAAGGGCUCCCCCGGCGGAGGGGGGGCACUGCCAGCCGGCGGUGUCAAGCGUGGCAAGCGAGGCGGCGGCAGCGGUGGCAACCUACACCCGGCUCCGGGCAAGAAGCAGCUGCGAACGGGCGGCGCCGCCAGUGCGGGUGGCGAUCUGGAGGCCAGCCUCGCCCUGAGGCCCCCACCCAAGAAGUAAACCUCAUUCCCCAACCCCCGCCCCCACUCUCAUAGCUGAUUUUAUGCAACAUUUUGUUGCUUGUUGAAUGUAUUGUAUGUGUUUUUUUUUUUUUGUUAGUUACUCUAAGUAUUUUAUGAUUAUUUAUUUUACGGCCAGCUGCCCGGACCCGGCAACCCGGUCAGCAAUCUAGAAAAGCGCAAAACAAAUUACCCAAUAAUAAACGAAUACUAAAUGCGAGACUGGAAAGUGUUUGCCUCCCAUGAACCAAUCCGAACAGGGGGAAUAUCCAAGAAGUGGCCCACUAGCAGCACAUUUAUGCCCCAUUAACGCGCGACUUUCUGCUCACUCUAAAGGCCAUUUAUAAUUGGUAGAAAACUUCACCUUUGCCUCAGCAUAUCUUCACGUAUGGGUGCAGCAUCGACACGAAUAAAAACAGUCCUCUGAAAGUUCAUUCAAUUCUCUUUUGAAGCCCACAAUUAUUUUUCAUCUUUUUAAGUGAAUUUCUAAAAAUGAUUUUGGUGGUGCCAAAGUACAUACAUAUGUGGGUGUGAUCCACGCAUCCACAUCUACAGCCUCAUUUUUGUUCGAUUGAGAUGGGGAGUAAUCGAACCGGCAUUUCUCAUGAAUUAACUUCGGAACAUUUUAAGGGCGUCCUUCGUCCUGCGGAUCUUUGUGCUCCUGGAACGUCAAAAUAGCAAUAAUUUAUCUAUAUCCAAUAUACAAAUAACGUUUCAUAAUAUUCUUA